AUGAGUUAGAGUUUAGCUGUGAACAGCAAGUUAAACCUUCAGAUGGAGCAGUGGGGAGCAAUGUAACUUUUUUUCUUGGUGAAAAUGAAACAGAAGAAUUAUGUAUUUUGACAUCAGGAAAAUUAAUGUAUUCUUUAUCUUGGGCAGUUAAUGACAAAGGAAUUCCUUUGGCACCUACUUUUCAACAUGCACACAUUUCCUCCAACAGGGUACCAAGGAAUAUGAGUUCAGGAAAAGGAACUGGAAUUUGGUGGCAUUCUGAUAUCCAGAAACUUAUUGACUGGGCAAAAGACAUCAAUAUUGACCCGAAUGACCCUUACUACUCAGAUUUGUUUGAGUUAAUUAUGUAUGCACAAUCUCAGGAAAAAAAUGAUUCAAAACACUUUCGCCUGGAACAACUGCAAGAAGAAUUUAACUUUGUUACUGCAGAAGAUAUUCAAAAUUGCAAACGUUUCCGGCUAUUGCAGCUUAGGAACUUAGGACAGUUGGGCUUCUACUCUUUUCAGCAAAUUCCUCUCUUUGACAAAGAAAUUCCUGACACAAUUUUUCAGGAACAUGGAAGCCAAUUAGAAAAGGACAAAUUUAUGACAGAUAUGGAUGCUAUUUCUGCACAAAGAAGUAAUUCUGCCAACUUUGUUAGGAUGAUGAGAAAUCAAGUUGCAAAACAAAUUGUGACCAUUAGGCAUAAAUUUAAUUUAUCAGAUCUUGUGAGUGACUAUGAAGAAAUUAUAUCAAUGAGCCAGUUGAGUAAUGCAAUUUUCAGGCUAGGUGAACGCAGAAGACAUUUGAAACCACAAAGGAAAGAGAGACGAAAGGUUGCAGCCCAGGCAGUCUCGGAUGGGGAUGUAAAACUUCUUAUCAGAAUAUUGAGAGCAUAUAAUAUUCCUGCAAGAAAGGCACCAGCAUCUAAGGUUGCAGUUGCUUAUUCACCAUCUUACUUAUCAAAUCGUAUGUCCCGAGGCAGACACAUUCUAUUAGGUAAUUCAGCCUAUACUGCCGACCUUCUCUCUGAGGUGACUGUGCAUCCUUUUGUAGAAGUUAUAUUUCAGAAAACAGUUUAUCAGACUAGUACUGCAGAUGGCUCUCAUCCAUGCUGGAAUGAAGAACUUCAAGUUGAUUUUAACUCUCCAGGACAUGAUUAUACCUUUUCAGGACUAUCUAAAAUAAAAGACAAUAUAAAUAUUAACAUUUUUGAUGAAUUUUUGAUUGAAAAGCAUGAGGAUGCCUGCCCAAAUAGUUGCAGUGGUCAUUCUUACAUUAGAAAGAACUGGCUUGGAUCAAUUGUGUUUCCUUUCUCUGCUCUACUCGAACAAUCUAAGAUCUGUGGUACAUUUCAAAUAAAUAUGCCACCUGUUGUACUUGGAUAUACUUGGAGUAAGACAUAUGUACCCCCUAAAGAAGAAUGUUUGGGGCAGAACCUGAAAGAAUAUAGCUUUUUAACCAUCUUUGCCACUAUUGAACCUCAGUUAUCCUCUGCUGAAAAUAAUUUAGAACUAGAUACGUUUGCAGAUCAUGAAGCAGAAACACUAUUGCAAAGGGCAUAUAUUUUUAAGCAAACAUGGAGAGCAGUAUUUCCAAAGAGAAGAAUAAUAACAUCAGUUUUUAACAAUCAGGGAAGGAAUAUUUUAGUAACUAAGUACAUUACUUCUUUGAAUCCACCACAACUGUUGCUAGAUAUGUAUCCAGAAGAUCCUAAUUCAACUUCUGACCUUAUAUUGCGAUUUGUAUCUUUAAUUCCUUGCAUAGCAGAUACAGUGGAUGAAAAUAAUGAUGUGGAUGUAUGGAUGACAUCAGAGCAUUGCAUCGAAUUGGGUGUUGGUAAUAAAGAAGAACAUGCAGUGCUUCUGUGUAAUUAUCUUCUGUAUAUUGGGAAAAAAGCAUGGGUAUUGUUGGGAACAUCUGUGUUAGAAGGGAAAGUAGCUUAUGUUGCAACGCAAGAAAAUGGAGAAUAUUUUCUGUGGAAUCCACUGAGUGGCCACUGCUAUAAGCAGUUUGAUGCAUUUUGCCCGCUACAGAGUGUUGAUUGCUUAAUCAGUUGGGAAAAUGUCUGGUUUAACAUACAACAAAAUAAUUCACCAAUGUGCACCAGUUUUGACAUUUCAAAGGAAGGCUUUUGGAAACAAUUGCUUCCAUACAAUUUCCAGAAUUCAAAAGCACAAACAGUGCAGCCAGAAAAAAUAUUAUAUGUGUCGACUGAUGAACAUUUAGUAGAUGAGUUACAAAAUAGAAUUGAAAGAACAUUAAAAAAUAAAAUAAUGGAAUGGCGAUCACAUCUUCCAACUCGAUGGCAUCGACAGUGUACUAGUGUCUUAAGACAAAUUCUUCCCAAGCUUGAGUUUAGAAAUGAACAUAUAACCAAAGAAAAAGAAGAAAGUUAUUUGGAGGCUUUUCAAGAGCAUUACUGGGAUGGCCACUUGGUCAGAGAUUGUUGGGCCAGUCAGACACACAAUCAGGGAACACAGCCCAUUGAUUCGGAGAGGACUGCUUGCUGCAUGGCGAGAAGGCGGCCUUUUAAAGGGAACUGAAGUUACCCAAUCUUCAUAUUUGCAACGAAGAGGCACCAACAAAAGGAGAGUUGCUGAUGGUUUAUUGGCGUUUUGCCAUACACUUCUUCCCCUGUAGCAUAAUCUGAAUCAGAAUUACAAGGAUGAGUUUUAUAAAUAAGUUCAGAAUACACAUUCUGUGUUAGCUAUUGUAUGAAUUACUAAUGUUAUUAUAGAUAUGGUUCCUUGUCUUGUAUGAUGCAGAUGUUCUCUGCAAUUACUGACAAAUGGCAAUGGCUGCUAUACAACUAAUAGCCAAAUAUUUUGGAUUUUUUUUCCUCUGAAGUUAUAAACUCUACAU